AUUGUUGGAGAACUGCAAACAGCGUUAUCGAAGUACACAUACUGAUGUAUACAUUUUUGGAGCAAGGGGAUUACUUAAAUUUCCAAAGACAUUGUAUAAAAUAAUUAUAAUGCAUGAACUGCUGACAGAUUGCAUGCGAUGAACAAAUAUUUUAUAUUUAUGCAUACUAUUUUAAUUAUAGAGUGCAUAGAAUGAAAGGACUUCCAAAAGAAAUUGGUGAAUUGUACAAUGUUGAAGCAUUUCGAGUAGUUGAAGAAUUUGUCAUUUUUUGUGCCUCUAUAUUUUAUGUUAUGUAUUAUACAUUCUUGUAUAUGUUGUAUAAAAAGAGAAUUAAGCUUGUUAUCAAAGCUAGUUCUAGUCGGCAACCAUUAUCAGAUUGUCUAUCUCAUUUCCUAUUUCUAAAUCAGUUUUCCUAACUUGUGUCUCCUUGUUAUUCCAAUUCUUUUGUGUGAAUUUUCAUUAUUUAAACAAUACGUUACAAAGAUGAGAUUUUCUUCUUGGUACUCAGCACAUUAUGAAUGAACAAUUAGUUCUUCAUAUUACUAAAGUAUUAAAGUGUAUUUCUUUUCUAGUGAUAUAUACGUAUUGCUAAUAUUUCUGAGCGUCUUGUAGUUGUUGUUGUUUGUUUUUUUCUCCCAAGUAUCAUCCAAUGAGUAUUAUAUUACUCUUCCUAUGUUAAUUUACAGUUUGUGAGAACUUCUACUCUUAGCCUCUUAAUAUGUCAUGCUUUCAUUUUUAAUUAUUUGUUGUCACUUUAUAUUGUUCUCUUUAUUAUGAAUGUAUUAAAACUAGUGAAUAUAUGUGAUUUACUUGUAAGUAACCAGUAACUUAUGUAUACUUGUUGUUUCUAUCUACUGAAUAUGUAAUUGAAUUCUGAAGUUAUUUUUAUACACAUUGCCAAUGAAUGAAAAUUAUGUUUAGAAUUGUGAAUGUUAGAUGUUUUAGAUGUGAGUGAAUUAUGUUAAAUGCAACUUUUGUAUUCAUAUAUGCUGUUGAGAAUGUAGUUCCUUUCUAGUUAUGAAAGGAAUUGAAUCCCGCUUUUGUUGAUAUUGUUUGGUAGCUAUAUUAUUGGGUAUGCCACAUUAGAUUAUAAGGACUCCAUAUGUGAACAAUAUUUUCCAAAUUCACGUGUACAUCAAGAGUUUUGUUGGGGACCAAUGAUUAUUCUCUGAAGAUACAACUGACUACUGUAUCCAUGUUAAUCAAUCUAGACUAAUUGAAAAUGUGAAGUCUAGUGCAGUUAAAAUACAAACGCACAUCUAUGUUUCCUAUGACUUUUCUUUUAACAUUUCUUUACCUUUCUGCGGUGCCUUAGUCACAAUUUUGCCAUUUUUAUUGUUUAUUUUGUUUGAAAGGUUUUUGCUUUUUGGAAUUCAUUCGAAUUGCGUAACUUCUUUGAGUUUUAAAAAUUCAAUGCGGCAUUUUCAGAGAGAAAACAAUUAACAAUGAAGAAGUCGUUAAGUUUUCUUUUAUGUUUGAACAUCCCACAUAUCGUGCAAUAAGUGUAAAUUAGCAUAGUGAAUAAAGAUAUAUAUUUUCAUUAAUUAUAAAAAAUAAAUACAAUCGCAAAUUACAUUCUACACCACCAUAUAAUCAAGAAGUCUUCCGAAUCCCUGAUACCAAUUGUGCAUUAGACUGAAUUUGAAUCAAAUCCAACUUACAAGCCUCCCUGUGCAAUUAUUACAGCCUGAUAAGUAAGUGUUAUCUAAUGGGUUUUUAACAUUUUAACUUCCUCACAAAUUAAGGAUUUUACAAUAUUAAGAAAGUUUUCAAGGAUGAAAAUUAUAGAUCUUUUAACAGAAGAUUACAGAGUAAUCCUUCAAUUUCAGUGCCCAUCUAGAAAUAUAUAUUAAAAUUUACUGCAUCUCAGACAGUAAAUACUUUUAUUUUUAAAUGGAUCAAAGAAGUUGAUCAUGUGUAGAGGUGGAAUGUAAUAUUCAGGGUUUGGGUCGUUACUUUUGAAACAUCCUGUAACUCCCCACCUCUCUGGCUAGCUGAAAUAAAAUGGGAGAUGUUCCAAUUUUGAUCUGCCUAUUCCUUUCUAACAUGAAGUAACAUGUAAAGAACAUACUAUUAAAACACUUGUUAUAAACCCAUUUAAUUUAAAAUCAAAUAAUAAACAAAAAUGAACAGUGUGUGUGUCCUGCUUGCAUUACAUUUAUUCGACAGAUGAAACAUAAUAGUAACCAGUGAAAUUGAUUAUAUCAUUUCAAUGGUCUAUAAGGGCUUUGUGACCCUUUUGUCAUUGAAGCAACUUGAAUGCUAUCUGUUUUGGUACCAUGUUCACUGGUUACUUUUAAGGCAAAAGCCGUAAGUUGCUGAAACCUUUAUAUAUCAAAAUAGGAUUGUAAACAGAAUUUUGCAUCCUUCGAAAAAUAGCGAUUAGGUGAUAUUCUCCCCAAGCGCAAAGUGAUUAGGGUUUUUGAAACUUUUUUUUUGUGUGUGGGUGUGCAGCAUUUCAUUAUGAAAUUUAUUUAUCCGAGCACGACAUCUUGUCUCUUAAUUAAUAUUCACCAAAUUUAAGUGACUUUAAUUCUUUAAAAGUGUAGAAUUUAUUUUUUAAUAAAAUCAGGGAAGACAUGAAUAUGUUUAAAUUUUAAUCAGAAUCUAUUUGCAAAGAACAAAAAUACACCUCUUUGCAACCUGACAGAUUUGUUAUAUAAUAUAGAAUACUUGUCUUCCUUUACACUUAAAUUAAUUUUAGAGUGCAGGGACCUGGAAAGUUUAUAUCAUAAAAUUUUCUUUGUAAGUAGGUGUUCAAAGUGACAGAGUGAAUUGUUUGCAUUUCUUUCACAAUGAAGUUUUCUUUCCCAUGCAAAUGCAACGUGUAAGGAAGCAAAUUGUUAAUUUUUUCAUGUUGAUGUUACCAAAUAUUGUGAUUGAUUUUACUUCCAAGAAAAUACAUUAUUUUGCUAUCAAAAUGUUUCUUCAUUGGAAUGCUUGUGGGAAACAGAAAAAUCUUUUUAAGCAAAACAAUGAUUGUCUUUUUUGUUCCUCAAGGUACAUCCAAAUCCACAAAAUACCAAUCACAAAGAGAUCUUCAUAUGUUAAGCAUCAGAACAAAGAGAAAGUACACAGAAAAAGUUGAGAGCCGUAGCACCCUAAGAACUUGAUUUUGCUAGCUUAUAUCUAAUAUCAGAAAUUUACCUAGAAGAAUAAAUCAAUGUGAAGUUUUGCAUAGGUUCAUGAGGAAUAAGAUGACUCCUCCUGGGAUAAGGAUGAAGAUAUGUAAGAUUCGUUGGAGAGGGAUUUUGAUGUGAAAGUCAUCUGUGUAUGUAAUUAUUUUUUUUUUUUUAUGUAACAUUUUAUCUACAGUAAAUAGAACAUUGAACAUGUAUUACAUUUAAACAUAGGGUUUUUAAUGUCUCUCCUUACUUUCAAGAAAU